AUGUCUAUCAUUGCUCGUAUUUCUCGCAAAUCCAUGCCUGUUUGGCGCCCUGUAGUAGCCUGGUCUCGCGCCUAUACCUUGAUUCCAUCCACUCCUGAACAAUCAAAACCUUCGGCCCAGGAUAUCCAAGAUCACAAUCCCAUCCAUGCUUUGUACAACAACCACAACCAGUCAGUACAGGAUACUCAUUAUGCUGACAAGAAAAUCCAUGUUGCAAACCCUGAGCAUUAUCAGUCUGCAGAUACAUUUAGUCCUGCCUUUAACACUGUCUUUGAUGAAACACGUAAUUUGUGGGCGUGGGAUUGCAUAUACUAUUGA